UUUACAUGUACUAUUAACAUUUUUAGAAGUAGAAAAUUGCUUGGAAUAGACAUGUGUUCAACGAAUUGACAAUUUUAACGUUGCAAAGUAAUUGUCACCAAGAAAUAAUGUUAUUUCUUUAAUAAUAUAUAUUCGUAUCAAUAUCAUUGGUUGGACAACAGUUUGAGGUUGUAAAGGUUAGAAAGCAGUGGAGUUCAUGUGGAAUAUUUAACAAUUUUAUUUACUGAGCCUAUUUUUUGGAUUAUAUCUGGGAUACCAUUACAAAGAUGCAAAUCUGUAGGACAAUCUCAAAAUUAUUUAUAUCUCCAGAAUAUGUGUUUAAGUCUGUGCCAGUGGUUGGACUAAAAUCUUUUGCUCCACAGCCUGUUAAAGAUGAUAUUGAAUAUCCUUCACGUACAAGGCUAAAGGUUGUAAUGAAAGUACCUCAAAUGCCUAAUAAUGUUGCACCUUAUAAAACACAAAAAAGGUUGAGGUUAAUGCGAGGUCCAGAACUUUUUCAUAAUACUCUUUUACAUAAACAGUUUGGUAUAAUAGCAACAUGUGGUGGUAGAUUGAAACAUAAUAAUUUUGAAAUGAUACGUAUGUUAGUCCUAAGGAAUAUAACAUACAAUAAAGCGUUUGUAAUCUGGAGAGUUCCUGCUCCUUGGCAGCCUAUUACAAAAAAGUCACAAGGUGUACGAAUGGGUGCUGGUAAAGGAAGCAUUGAUCAUUACGUUACUCCUGUAAAAUCAGGACAAGUUAUCAUAGAAGUGGGAGGAAAUAUAGAAUAUUUUGAGGUUAGACGCGGUUUAAUAAAUAUUGCAAAAAGAUUGCCUUUUGAUGCCAAGGUAGUUAGUCAAGAACUAAUGGAGAAAAUGGCAGAGGACAAGAAAAAGAUGGUAGAAGAAAAUCUGAAUCCAUGGAAUUGGAAAUAUAUCAUCCAGAAUAAUAUGCUUGGUUGUCACAAAUGGAUAUCAAAGUACGAUAGGCGUUGGUUUAACGAGUAUCUUUAA